GGGCCUUCAGCACCGACCUGGUCAGCGCAAAAAUAGUGUUUCAUCUAAUCUAGGGAGAUCGUCAUCAUCACCACCAGCGCCCAUAGGGUCUCAUUGACCGAUUAAAAACCACGGGAUUGUUUAGACAACAUCGCGACCAUGGCAAGGAUCAACACGGCCAACCCGCUGGUCAAAAACACGCCCCACAAAGAGACGGUCGCACGUACUCCAGGGACAUCCCACAACAGCCCACUGUCGAGAGAGUCAUGUUCCAAUUUCAGGAACACAGCCAAGCACAAUAUGCCCGUCAAGCCGCAAAGCCAGUCGCAACGGCAAGGAAAUGGGUCAAGUGGAUCAUUUGAUAUAUUUCCCGACAGCGAUUCGGCAUCAGAAGGUGAAUUCGGACAGCACAGGUCUACCGGAAAGCAGCAAAAGCAAAGAACACUGGGACUCGCACGUGUGAACUCGUUACUCCUACCAGCAAAGCGGAGACCACGCCCAGCCAUCCGAAGGGAGACUGAAGAUUAUGACAAGGAGAACGACGUGCCAGAAUAUGCCGCAGAUGGAUAUCGCACUCCAGAUUUAACACCAACAAGGCCGAAUGCCUCACAGGCUCCCACAAGAAGCAGGAUGGAUUAUAUCCCCACGACACAGCCAAUGAUUGACCGGCAAGAAGAACAAGAGGAGCCAGAAAUCAGCUUUGAAGAAGAAGAAGAUAGCUCUGACUCACUAGACGGGUUCAUUGUCAGUGACAAUGAUGAGCCUAGCUCCUUUGAGACAUCAGAUUCUGAGACAGCCGACCCGGAAGCCGAGCCUAGCCCGGCUCCGUCGCCUGUCAGGUCACCAAGAAAAAGACUCCUGCGCGGAAGAAGACCAAUAUCAGAAGCAGAAUCAAACACUACUGCAGAUGAAGAGCCAUCAAUGGAAGCGACCAAGUUGGUGACAGAGCUGGACCGAUCAACUGAGAAAUCAAAGGCUGUCACCCCAGCACCUGAAGACUGCACACAAGACCCUGCAACCAGUUACAAAUCUAUAUCCCCUAUCCGUAGGGUAGAGAUACCCAAGCCACAGGUUGAUUCAAGCUAUCCUCUUCCUUUCGGCCUCCACAACUCCAACGACCUCAUCAAACACCUUGAGGAUCUUGACCUAGAUAGCGACAAUGACUCCAUAUUGCAAGCACAGCCAGAACAGUCCAACACAGAAUCAGAGGAUGAACUACCAUCGAAACUUUACCCAAGCCACACAAACCUAUCACCAGUGACACCGUCGCGCGCGAAACCUCACUUUUCUCUCAAUUACCACUCAAUCACACCAGUCGAUAGCUCGCCGGGCAUGGCUAUUCCCCUCACUCUAAAGGCCAAGAAAAGGGCCGAGGCGGCUCGGAAACGCGAUAUUCGAGCCCAAUUGGCCGAAUUCAAUCGAAGGAAGAUCGGCUUUGCCGAAGAGUUCCUCCAGCACCUUGAUAAUGCCUUCGAUGGCCAGAUUGGUCGCAUGACCGAGGAAACCGGCGGUAUCAAAAUCAUCUGGACAAAGAAUUUCAGGAACACCGCCGGCCGGGCAACCGUACGCUCAGAAAGAUUCCUCAAAGGAGAAGCCGGCGUUGAAGAACCCGGGAAACGGCGUUACUAUGCCACCAUUGAGCUCUCCGAGAAAGUCUUGGACACUGAGGACAAGAUUCUCUGCACUAUGACACACGAGUACUGCCAUCUCCUUGAUAUCAUGGUCACUGAAAACAGGGCCAAGGGUACGGCGCAGCACGGUGCCAGCUUCAAGCAAUGGGGCGACCGAUGUGUCAGCGCACUAGAAGGCCACCCUAUCUACGGGGGCCGGGUCGAGGUCACGACUAAACAUACCUAUGAGAUCAACCACAAAUACGUAUGGGCCUGCAAGGCCCAGUACUGUGAUUUCAAGGUCGGGCGACACUCGAAAAGUGUUGACCCAAAGCGUCAGUUCUGCGGCCGUUGCAAGGGCGGCCUUGAGCAGAUUAAGCCGGUGCCAAGGGCUGUGGUGCCAAGGGCUGUCGUGUCGAGGAUGCCUGUUGUCAAGGCGAUGGUUGCAGGUGAGCAGAGGGAGAUUGUGGUCAUUGAUCCUUGAUAUCUAAUGGACUGGUGAUGCUUGUAAAUAUUUGAGUAUGACCAGUGGGGUUGUCAACGAGACCAAUAUAAUGAACACAUGAAUGUCUGCCUAUGCCAAUUGGCUUUUCUGGGAUAGUAGAUCCAAGUAGGCGCUUCUUGUCAUGAAAGUAGCCGAGACAACGUGGCAAUAUAACCACUCGCACAUAGAAAUCAACGACAUUGAAACAACUUGGAAUUGUUCGUCCCGC